GUAUAAAAAUACAUAACUUGUGUUAUUCUGCGAGUACUGUACAAAAAAGCUCAACGAUGGCUUACAUCCAAAUAUUGGCGAUCGUGCUGUGCUCUUGUUUCGUACAGGACGCGUUUUCGGCAACCAAAAUUCAAAAAUCGAGAUCAGCGGCUCAAGCAAAUGGCGUGGUGUCCCAGCAGUUGCCGGGUGCUGCCGGCGAGGCAGCUAAGAUGCAGCCGAUGAAGCGGACCACAACACUGAAGCGGAUCGUGUCCCGAAAAGUGGUCGCGCCACCCAAGUACCCACACCUGACUGCUGUGAAGGACAAGUUCUGGAAGUCGUGGGAGAACAUCAACCAGACCAAAACAGGUAAGCUGAACACCAGAGCGAUUAGGAACGCGUUAAACGACAUACUCGUCAACGAUCGGUUCUGGUGGUCGGUAAUUUCGGCGGUCAGGAGGCGCGCCAAGGUGACCAACGACAGUCAACGGGCCGAAAAUAAGAUCCGGAUGUGUAACGCGUUCACCUCCACCAUCACCAGCCCGAACGCCGUGCAGGGCUUCCAGGACAUUGUGAACGAGGUGUACGGCACGGUGACCAGCUUCCGGUCGGACUUGGCCACAGACGCCCUGCAGAUAGCCACCGAUAUGGUCAACACUGGCGAGGUGACCAACAGCCUGGACGCGUUGAGCAAAAUCGUGCAUUACGUGAAGCUCAGCCCAGAAAUGUUGAAAAAGAUGUUUGCCAUGUUCCACAAGACGCUCAACAUGGGCGGCAGGAUAAACAUGGGCGGUGGUAUAGCCAAAAGUCUCAUGUCGAUCACGUCCAAGUUCAACAAGUAGAGCGCGAGCCGCCGCGCUUUAGUGCCUUCCUAUAAGGUUGUAAGAUAGAGAUGUAUAAUACAGUCAUCGCGUCAUCUCUGUGUAAUAAUCAUAGUAAUAAUAAUAAUAAUAAUAAUAUAGUUUGUACGCAUGCGUAAUAUAGUAAGUAUACUUCUUACAGGUACUAUAAUAUAUAUUUGAGCGUAAACGACAAAGCAUAUAUCUAUAUAUUAUAUUAUAAUAUAUUAGGUACCUCUUAUUAUAUAAUAUUUACCGGUUAUACAUAUGCAUCAGAGCAACGACGUUCAUCAUAUUAUAUAUAUAUAUAUACAUAUAAUAUAUUUAUACUUAUCUACGCUUUAAUACGUAGGUACAUUUUAUGUUCUAUGCCGUGUUAACGUGUUGUAAUAUCAUAUUGUUCAAGUAAUUAUUAUUGCUCCCGCACGUCAUUGCACGCAACCAUAAUAUACGUGAAAUACCUGUACAAGAUUAUUAUUGAAUAUUUAAAUAUAAUACUGUUAACACUA